UGUAAAGAAGUAUUAUUUUGCUCUCGUUGUUUGUGCCAAAAAAUAAAAUCUCCACCAGCUGAUAACUCGUCGAAGAUAAGAGCAGGUUCCUGUAAAGCAGUGAAAUUUAUCGACGGAUCAGAAAAAUCUGAGAACUGCUAUUUCGAAUGGAUUUCAAUAGCAGAAUUGAAAUGCUGUUAGCUGCUGCUGAAUCGGUUGACCAGGACGAAAGCGAUGGUCGCAAUGUGUCGGUGGCAAGAUUUGAAGAGGUGGCCGCCCAUAGCAGUACGAUGCCAUCACAUAGUUUGGAGCUCUCAUUCUCGGCUGUUAGAGCAUCUACUCCGAUGAAGGCCGUAGAGGAUCCAAGUUGUUCAAUUCCCAUGGAUCUAUCAAGGAGCAUGCAGGAAGACUCGCCAAUUAAUUUAUCGAUCAGAGAUUUCGAUUUGGAGGAUGAAUAUCGACCUCUCAACUUGGCAUUGGCAAAAGCGCCUCCAUCCGUUGCUGCGGCUUCUUUAUACAGUUGCUGUCCGUUAAAUUUAAAAAAGGAUUCAGAUGAAGCAGAUGAUGGUAAUGUUCCGAUUCCGGAAGCCGAAUGUGGAAACAACAAACCCGAGUUUUUGUCAACUUCGGCGACCAUUGCUGCUUUACGUACCGAGCAAAACUUCCAAGUGCUAGCUCCUAGCAAAAUGGAAGGGAUGAAGGGUGAGCACACCGAGAUUGCAGCCAGGGUCAGUCGACUACUGACGACACCCAACGAUCAAAGCAUAUAUUUAACUACUAGUGAAAUCCUUGUCGAAGAAAGUCAGCUUGUGCAUCAAUUUGAAAUAAAAAAAUCGCCUAUGAGAAGUCAACUCGCUUGUCCGACAUAUAAUCCUUCAGAGGAAGAUGACGGCUGUACGGAUCCCUCUCAAAUGACAACCGUUCACAGCCAGCCAGGACCCUCAACUUUGCAGCCCAUUGCUGGUCUCUCAAAUUUUCAAGCGUGCGCUGGACCUUCAACCUCGUGCCCGUUUGCUGGACCCUCCACAUCGCAGCCUUUUGUUGGUCCCUCAAGUUCACAGGAACAUACAGAAGAUUGUGAUGAUGAUUCCGAUGAUGACGAGGACAUUGAGAUUGGAAACGUGACAUUGUUGAAUAAUUUUUCCAUCCGCGAAUAUUUUGAGCCCUACUUGAAUGCCUCGGUCGUUGGUUGCUGCGAUGUGGACUCAAAUAAAGAAAAUUUGGAUUCUCAAGGUGCAUUAUCGGAAGGAUUGCCUGAAAAUCGAAAGCGAAAAUCAAAUGAAGCUAGUGAUGACAUGGAUAUUUCUUCCUCUGAUGACGACUAUGAUGAUGUUGCGCUACAGAACAAUAAGGUUUUGAAAAAUGCAGACCCAAAGCUCCUAAACAAAUUUUAUAAACAAAGAGGAAUGCCGUAUACGCGUACUAAUGGAACUAAAGCACCGCCAAGAAGCUGUCGGGAUCCUUGCUAUUGUGUCAAGUUGAAAUGUGAUACUAAGUACAACAUAGAGAUGCGAAAGACCAUGUUGAGGAAUUUUUCGCUACUCUCAACAUCGGCUCAAAACCAAUUUUUGGCAAAUCAUAUCACUAUUUCAUACACGGCAUCAAGCAGGGUAGUCAAUUCGAAACGAGUUUACGCCUAUAAGUAUUACCUACCUGGUAAUGGUGGAAUGGUGCGGGUGUGCAAAACAAUGUUCAUGUCCACGUUUGACAUCAAGGAGAAAAAGGCACGUUGCUUAGUGCGCAAGAAGAUCAAGGGACUUGGAAUCGUGUCCGAAGACGCUCGAAAAGACAACACUAGAAGGCAGACGAUAAGCGCUGAGGAAAAAAAGUUUAUAGAACGUCAUAUUGAAUCAUUCCCAGCGUAUACAUCUCAUUACGCCCGUAAAAAAUCGUCGAAAAUGUAUUUAAGCGCUGAUUUGAAUGUUUCAAAAAUGUAUGAUUUAUACUGCAUUCAAUGCAAAGACAAGCUCUUCUCGCCGGUACAUUAUAAUACAUAUCGGAAUAUAUUUCGAUCGUACAACAUUGGAUUCCGCAAACCUAAAGCGGAUACUUGUGGGGAGUGUGACAAGCUUAAUGUAAAAGUAAAACAGGCGAAAGACAAUGCAGAGCUGGAAAUUUUAAAAAAAGCGCAAGAAGCACACCAAGCGAGGGCAGAAAAGGUGUAUUAAUGUAAGAAAAGGGAUGUCGUGUCGGCGAAGAGAAAUGAAGGUGUGUGCACCGUUUCAUUUGACUUGCAAAAGUGCCUUCCCACACCGCAUUUAACAUGCGGUCAGGCAUUCUACAGUAGGCAGC